CAAUUUAUGUAAAGGAAGCACAGGGACUUGUGGCCAUAUCCGUCAAGAAAAAAAGAAAUCAGAAAAUGGAACAGCCACUUAUGUUACGUGAAGACCAAGAGCAAGAACCACAUAAGAGCAUGAGAGAAUCCAAGCCAGUAGAAGAUGAUGAUGCUGAGAUCAUCUUUGUUGGGGUUGAGCAGGUAAAUAAAGAUGCUGAACUGAUCUUUGUGGGAGUGACUUCAAAAUCAAAACCAGUUGUCUCAAAUAUUUUGAACAGAGUCACCCCAGGUUCAUGCUCGAGGAGAAAAAAGUAUGGUCACCUUAGAAGAGGUUCAGCUCGCAGGCCGCAGCCUGCAAGUCAGGGGGCUCAGACAUCAGAAGCAGUGAGCGUCCUGCCUGCUCCUCAGCCUGAAACAAGAUCAACAGACAGCCCUGUUAUUAUUAUUGAACCUGAACAUGAAUAUAAAAAGAAUUCACCACAAGUCGUGCCUGAUAACUCUUCAAAGGUAUGUCCUCCUUUGGUUACACUCACAAGUUCAUUGUCAAAUCCAGUAAAAGCAGCACUUCCAGUAGGAAGUAAGAAUGCAAGCCCUUGUGUGUCAGAGCAGCUUUCUGCUUCUGAAGUAAAAGGCACAGAUCCUAAAAGGCCCAAACUUAACGACAGAAUAGAGGAGUCAUCUGCAGGUGCUUCCCCUUCGGAUACUCCGCAAAGCACACCCUCAGACAGUGCUCAGACCUCAUUAAACCCUGUCCAGAAUGGAGUGCCGUUUCCAACAGCUGCUUCAAAGGAUAGUGUCCAUUCCAAGCCUGUAAAUGUCGGUAAGGAAAAUGAAUUGGCCAAACCAGACUGUGUGAGUGGAGCAAGUCAGAACAAGGCCCUGGGUCCCAUGAAAGACACCCUGAUCAUGUUACUGAACGACUUCUACUACGGUCAGCAUCAGGGAGAUGGGCCGUCCGAGCAGAAAACUCAUACCACCUUUAAAUGCCUCAGCUGCUUGAAAGUUCUCAAGAACAUUAAGUUUAUGAAUCACGUGAGGCACCACUUAGAACUUGAGAAGCAGAGGGGUGACAGCUGGGAGAACCACACCACCUGCCAGCACUGCCACCGGCAGUUUCCCACCCCCUUCCUGCUACAGUGUCACAUUGAAAGAGUGCACACCAGCCAGGAGCCUUCUGCCGUUUGCAAAAUCUGUGAAUUGUCCUUUGAAACGGAUCAGGUUCUCCUACAACACAUGAAGGACACCCAUAAGCCCGGGGAGAUGCCGUACGUGUGCCAGGUUUGCAGUUACCGAUCGUCAGCCUUUGCGGAUGUGGAAGCUCAUUUCAGAACGUGCCAUGAGAACACUAAGAAUUUGCUCUGUCCGUUUUGUCUCAAAAUGUUCAAAACGGCAUCCCCGUACAUGUGCCAUUACAGGGGGCACUGGGAGAGGACCGUUCACCAGUGCUCCAAAUGCCGGCUGCAGUUUUUGACUUUCAAGGAGAAAAUGGAGCACAAGACCCAGUGUCAUCAAAUGUUUAAGAUGCCUAAGCAGCUGGAAGGAUUACCUCCUGAAACAAAAGUUGUCAUUCAAGUAUCACUGGAACCUCUUCAAGCAGGGUCAGAGCAAGUAGCCUCUGUUACCGUGAGCACAUCUGACUGUGCGCCGUCACCGCCCAGGUCUAAAAGCAGAAUUUCAAAAAAACCCCACUAACUGAGAUUUUGGAAAAUCUGAAGAGCAUUCCAAUCCAAAUAUAUAUAUACACAUAUAAGCCCGUGCAGACAAAAAUUUAAACAUCAUACAUUCAGUAGCAUCAAAAAUAGUGAAACUCAAUGAUUACUUGAAGUUUUAUAUGUUAUACUCAUGCAUAUUCAACAUUGUUAGAGCUGAGUUUUGAGUUUUAAUGUAUCAUUUGGUUUUCGUAUUAUCUGGCUUAUCACAUGAAAGGUAUUUCUGUAUGAGAGAGGGGGAAAUGUAUAGACCUAUAUAUUAUUUUGAUAUUUUGUAUUACUUCUAAGCGUGAAACUUCUUCCAAGUAUAGAAUGUAUGUAGUUAUUGAGGUACUUAAUUUAUUUUAACUUUUUUUCUGUGUUAAGAUUUCACUAUGAACUUGAGUCUGACUAGGAUGUGUGUGUCAUAAACUAGUCCAUUUGCUCCCGAGCUCCAAGAAGUGCCUCUGCCAUGCUGUUGCAAAAUAACCAGUUUCUGAAAGCCCAGGUGUCAGGCUGCAAGUCUGUGGCGUGAGUGGGAACCUGGAAGGUGGAGCUCGUCAAGGGAGUGCCGUGGUUCCUUGUCCCAGUUGAAAGACACAUACACUGCGUACAGUCUUGGAACCAAGACAGAAGAACCACUACCUCAGAGUACCUUUAGCUAACUGGGGAACAUCCAAGGAUGAGAUCCAUUGUUAGUAAAACUAAGAAUGCAAAGCAUCUGUUUGGCGAGGAGCUCCCCUAGACAUUGGAUGAAGUAGCAGCUGGUCAUAGAUGGAGCCUGGCAUUAGCAGGCUCACCGUGGAGUUAUCGAAAGGGAAAUCUUAAUUCGUACCUGCCCCUCCCUUCUGGCUAGCUGUUGUUAGUGGGAUGAACUGGCCAUACCCCUCUCAGCCGCAGCAGUAAGCGA